GGAGCGCAGUCGACUGGUGUGUGUGUUCGUGGUGCGACCGUGUUGUUACCGUCCGUGCACCGUCGAAUCCGGCCGAGAGCCGCCGCCGCCUGUGUGUUGGUGUCUGUGACUGUGCGUGCGUCAGUGUGCGUUAUCCGCCUCCGGUAAUUCGACUCCUCCGUGUUAUUACCGCCGUUGUUGUCGUCGCGGACACAAGGAAUAAUCGCGUUGAGUUUAAAAGAAAAAGAAGUUUUUAUACAAAUUUACUAUCGAGUGUUUUUUUUUUUGUUGUUGUGAUUUUUGAAAAGCAUUUUUAUUUACCACGACCCGUGCAACCGUGUGGCCGUUGUCAUGGUGGUUUUACGUGCGGGGAAAGUGAGACGAUGAUAACAUGACGUUGUUUUGCGUUCGUUGCGAGACGGCGGCCGCCGCCACCACCGGUCCGGAAUCGUCCAUUGAAAAUAACGGGAACGGCCGUCGUGAUCGAUCAGAUCGGUAUUAUUAUUAUUCCUAUACACGGUGAACACACGAUGCUGCCGUCGACUUCGAUGAUAAUUAUUAUAUUUUACCGUUGUUUUUGUUUUUCUCCGUCCGUCGACCACUGACCGUUUUGUGUGCGCGUGUUGUCUUGUGAUUUUUUUUCUUUCGUGUGCGACGUUCGUUCGAUUUGAAAAAAUCUAUAUAAUUAUAAUAAUAUUGUAAUUACCGUGUCUAACCUAUUGCUGUGCCGCGCCACCGUUUGUUUACAUUUGGUUUUUGGACCGCCAUCGUCAAAAUGUCCUGAACCGGACGCGAUGCUGUCGCCGUUAUCAUCACCAAUGCUGAAGGAAUAAAGCCUUGAAUAGGCCAUAUUUAACAUAUGUCUUCCAUAUUCCCAUGUGCUGGCAAACCCAAAAGUCGUACAAUGCAGACAUCCCACUACCAUCUGUGGGUAACAAUAUUUUUUUUAGCAUGCCUAAAUGUAAUUUCCGGUAACGCCAAUAUAAUCAAAACGUUCGAAGAUGAAGUCGGAACAACAUUGUUCAACCACCUCAUCAUCGACAAGAACACCGGUCGACUAUUUGUGGGUGCCAUCAAUAGGAUUUAUCAACUCACGCCGGAUCUCAAUGUAACCAACCAAGUUGCCACAGGCCCCAUCGACGACUCGUUCGAAUGUGGUGCCAACAUGUGCCCUAACUCGACCAUAAAAAAUUUAACAGACAACAUUAACAAAGUGCUCGUUAUAGAUUACAGUACUUCCAGAAUAAUUACUUGUGGUUCGAUUUUACAAGGUAUGUGUACGGUUCGAAAUUUGAAUAACAUAUCUAAUACGGUACAACAAGUCAAAGAAGCCGUGGUCGCCAACAACAUGGAAGCGUCUACCGUAGCUUUCAUAGCGCCGGGACCGCCUAAUCCACCGGUAACCCAAGUAAUGUACAUUGGCGUCACUUACACUGGUAACUCUCCGUACCGUUCCGACGUUCCGGCCAUUGCUUCCAGGAGUUUGGACAGUCAAAACAUGUUAAACAUUGCUCACUUGGGAGUCAUUUCUGGUACUCGCGUAUUCGUCAACACUCUGAACCGAGAACGCUACCUGAUCAAUUACGUUUACGGGUUUAGUUCCGAGAGUUUCAGUUACUUUUUAACGACUCAAAUGCGCACAGCUGCGUCAGGAUCAGCUUAUAUAUCGAAAAUGGUGAGAUUAUGUCACGAAGACAAGAGUUAUUAUUCGUACACAGAAAUCCCACUAGAGUGUAUCAGCAAAGACCAAUCGUACAAUUUAGUACAAGCUGGCUACGUGGGCAAAAUCGGAUCGGACUUGGCCAAAGAUAUUGGCAUAACGCCACAAGACGACGUUUUGUUCGCCGUGUUCUCUGGAAGUAAUUCAAACGACAGCGAGCUGAAGAACAAACCCAACGAACAGAGCGCUUUGUGCAUUUACUCGUUGAAAGCGAUCAGACGGAAAUUUUUACAAAACAUCAACACUUGCUUCAGCGGCAAAGGCAAUCGAGGUCUGGACUUCAUAUCGCCUAGUCACGCUUGUGUCGGUACCAAACUGCAAGCCAUCACCGAAGAUUUUUGCGGAUUGGACGUGAACACUCCUCUGGGAGGAGAAUCACCGAUGACUGCAGUUCCCGUAUUGACGUUUAACACCCAUCUUACUGCUGUCACUGCAACAUCCACGGGUGAUUUCACUGUCGUGUUUGUAGGCACCAGCACAGGCCACAUCAAGAAAAUCGUCGUGGAAAGUUCCUCCAAAGCCAUCGAGUACGGCGACAUUGUCAUUCAAGAAAAUUCGCCCGUCAAUCCAGAUCUGAUAGUUGACCCGCAGCAAAUGCACUUGUACGCUAUGACUAAAAACCGAGUGUCCAUGAUCAAAGUACAAGAAUGUCACAUAUACAAUACGUGCUGGGAGUGUCUGUCCGCUAAAGAUCCGUACUGUGGUUGGUGUUCUUUGGAGAACAAAUGUAGUUUACGGUCGAACUGCGAAGACGCGGCCAACGAUCCUUUGUAUUGGAUACCGUACAAGAGCGGCAAGUGUACGAAAAUAGCUUCGGUAACACCUAAUCAACUUCAAAAAACUACCGCGAGAACGUUGGAACUGAUAAUCGACAACCUACCCAUAUUGGAAGGACCUUUUUAUUGUGCUUAUUCGGUGUUUGACAAAGUGUUAAUUACUAACGCAACGAGAAAAUCGUUUGGAGUCAAUUGUACUACGCCCCAAACCGACCUACUUCCGCUCACGCCGUCGGACCAACAUCAUUUCACAACAAAAUUAUCAGUGAGGACUGCCAACGGUCCGGACUUUGUCGCCACCAACUUUACCUUUUUCGAUUGUAGUACAUAUACGUCUUGCACUCAGUGCGUCAAUUCGUCUUUCCCGUGUGACUGGUGCGCUGAAGCUCAUCGGUGUACUCACGAUACCGCGGAAAACUGUAGAAAUAACAUUUUGGUUACUGGCGUCAACCGCGUAGGUCCUAGUUUUAGGAGUGGACCUUCGUUUUGCCCGACAAUAAACGGCUCCGACACCGGUAGCACCGAAAUACUAGUACCUUCCGGUAUCAAGAAGUCUCUUAGGAUAAAAGUUCACAUAAUAAUAACACAGUUUGUCGCCCAGACGCGAUUCGUGUGCCAGUUCAACAUCGAAGGACGCGUGUCCAUCGUGAACGCCCGUUUAGUUUCCGACAUCAUCUAUUGUGAUGUCAUGGAAUUCAGCUACACUUCACGUUUGCCCAACAUAACCGCUACUUUCGCCGUUAUUUGGGGUGGCUCGAAGCCGCUAGACAACCCGCAUGACAUCCACGUGGUUAUAUACCGGUGUAGCGAUAUGGCCGACGAUUGUGGCAUGUGUUUGGCCCUUCCGGAGAAGUACAAGUGCGGAUGGUGUCAGGCCAGCCACAGCUGUGAAGUGAUGGACCAGUGCGAUCGGGCUCUCGGUAUAUGGUUAAAUCGCAACAAAACCUGUCCGAAUUUACAAAUAACGUCAUUUUGGCCGCCGGCCGGUCCCUGGGAAGGCGACACGAACAUCACCAUCAUUGGCAAGAAUUUGGGCAAGAACUUCAACGACAUUUACAGUGGCGUCACUGUAGCCGGGCUGCGGUGCGCCCCUUACGAACAUCUUUACGAAAUGACCAGAAAGAUCGUAUGCAGAGUAGACGGCCCCGGCAGUGAGGACCUCAGAGAAGGCCCGAUCGUAGUGCAAGUAGAAGGAUACCGAGGUGAAUCUAAAGUCAACUACCAUUUCGUAGAUCCUAUUAUCACUGGCAUGCAUCCGGGGUAUGGUCCCAAAUCUGGAGGCACUAGGCUAAAAAUAUUCGGCAAAUUUAUGAACGCCGGCAGUAACAUCCAAGUGUUUUUCGAAAACACUCUACCGUGCGUCGUCAUUAACACUACAUUCAGCGAGACGACUUGCAUAACCGGUGCUACGCACGAACGCGUUAUAGGCAAAAUCAAAAUGUUCUUCGACAACUCUCCUCGAGCGUUCGACUCGCAGACUUACGAAUACACCGAGGACCCUAGCGUCGAUUCCGUUGAAUCCGGUGCUCUUGGUCAAACUAAAGUUCCUAGAGGAAUCGUAUCGGGUGGAAUCAAAGUAUCUGUUACUGGCAAGAAUUUCGCUUUCGUUCAGACUCCUCGUUUGUACGUGACCUUCGGGAACACGAGGUAUUUCGGUGAUUGUCUCGUACUCAGUAACCUGCAAUUAUUAUGCGAGUCUCCCCACAUAGUUCCUCUGCAACACGACCAACCGGAUCCCGAUAAACCGCUGGAGUUGGAUUACGGUUUCGAGAUGGACCACGUCGUCAGCGUGCAGAACUUAUCGACAAGACGUGCUUUUCCCAGGUUCUUGCUGUUCCCCGAUCCGAUGUACACGAAAUUUGACGAAGACAUCAAGUUCUAUAAAAGCGACUAUCUCACCAUCAACGGCCAUCAUCUGGACAGGGCCUGCCAAGAAACCGAUGUCACCGUGCAGAUCGGCACAAGCUAUUGUAACGUGACUUCGUUGUCCCGCCAUCAACUCACGUGUCGUCCACCGCCCACACAACCAAUGCCGCUGAAUGACGAUUAUCGAAUGACCGGCUCACAAGAACUGCCUGAAGUCAUCGUUACCGUCGGGCCUAAUUUGAAGUUCAACAUCGGCAAACUAAGUUAUGCUCCAUCUAGCGUCAACAGUCCUCUGACCAAACCCGCCCUGUUUGGCGGCAUAGUCGGUAUGGUGAUAAUAUUCAUAAUUUUUAUCGCAUUCCUUAUCGCGUACCGGCGCAAGUCCACCGAAAGUAGCAGAGUGCUAAAGAACAUGCAAGAGCAGAUGGACAUACUGGAAUUGCGUGUGGCCGCCGAGUGCAAGGAGGCGUUCGCCGAACUGCAAACCGAAAUCACUGACAUCGCUGGCGAACUUACAUCCGGUGGUAUUCCGUUCUUAGACUACCGCACGUACUCCAUGAAAAUCCUGUUCCCCAACAUGGAAGAUCACGGCGUUCUGCAGCGCGAAAAACCGGAGCUCAUACGCAAAGAAAAGGGCAUUCGGCUGUUCGGCCAGCUGAUACUCAACAAAACGUUUCUAUUGCUGUUCAUCCGGACACUGGAAAGCAAUCGUUAUUUUUCGAUGCGCGACCGUGUGAACGUCGCUUCACUGAUCAUGGUGUCGUUGCAAAGCAAAAUGGAAUACUGCACGGACAUACUCAAGACUCUUUUGGCCGAGCUUAUCGAAAAGUGCAUGGAGGGUAACAGCCAUCCCAAACUGUUGUUAAGACGAACCGAAAGCGUGGCCGAAAAAAUGCUAUCGUCAUGGUUCACGUUCCUGUUGUACAAAUUCCUGAGAGAGUGCGCUGGCGAACCGUUGUACCUGUUGUUCAGAGCUAUGAAACAGCAAGUGGACAAGGGUCCAGUGGACGCCAUCACGUCCGAGGCUCGUUAUUCGUUGAGCGAAGAAAAACUCAUCCGGCAAUCCAUUGACUUCGUGCCAAUGACUGUGUACGUUUCCAUCUCGCAACAGACGGCCUUCGUCACCGGUCUGGACCCCAACACCGAGAACAUUCCGGUCAAGGUGUUGGACUGCGAUACCAUUUCGCAAGUGAAAGAAAAAUCUUUGGACACUAUUUACCGGGCAAUGCCGUGCAGUCAGCGGCCCAGGGCUUGUGAACUGGACGUGGAGUGGAGGACUGGAACGUCGGGUCGGCUAAUACUGUACGACGAAGACUCGACCACCAAAGUAGAAGGCGAAUGGAAAAAGCGCAAUACGCUACGACAUUACAUGGUGCCUGACGGUGCCUACCUCAAUCUAGUGUCCGUCAAACAGAUGUCCACGUACAACCUGUCCAUUCUUUCCGAUCGAAUGGACAAACACAAGUACGAGACGCUAAAUCUAAGCAAAUUCAACUAUGACAGCCCGCCGUACAGCAGGGCGACGUCGCCACUCAACAACGACCACGACAGCGGUCUAAAGUCCUGGCAUCUGGUCAAGCACCACGAUAACGAUGCGCAGAAAGAAGGCGAACGCGGCAACAAGAUGGUGUCCGAAAUUUACCUGACUAGGUUGUUGGCCACCAAGGGUACGCUGCAGAAAUUCGUCGAUGACCUGUUCGAGACGAUUUUCAGUACGGCGCACCGAGGUAGCGCCCUCCCGCUCGCCAUCAAGUACAUGUUCGACUUCCUCGACGACCAGGCCAUCCAGCACGGCAUCACCGACCACGAAGUGGUGCACACGUGGAAGAGCAACAGCCUGCCGUUGCGGUUCUGGGUGAAUCUCAUCAAGAACCCCAACUUCGUGUUCGACAUCCACAAGUCCAACAUCGUGGACUCGUGCCUUUCGGUGGUCGCCCAAACGUUCAUGGACUCGUGCUCGACGUCCGACCAUCGGCUGGGCAAGGACUCUCCCAGUUCCAAGUUGUUGUACGCCAAAGACAUUCCGGCGUACAAGGACUGGGUGGAGCGGUACUAUUCGGACAUCAAGGCUAUGUCGGCCAUAUCGGACCAGGACAUGAACGCCAUGCUGGCCGAGGAGUCCAGGAUCCACAUGACCGAGUUCAACACCAAUUGCGCGCUGUACGAGCUGUACAUGUACGCGGCCAAGUACAACGAGCAACUGAUGGUCACUCUGGAAGAGGACGAGUUCUCGCAAAAACAGCGGUUGGCCUACAAACUAGAACAAGUACACAACUUUAUGAUGGUAGACAAAUAAUGAAACGACGGGGGCCAUUAAUCAAAAUAUACUUAAUAUUUUUUUUUUUUGUAAGACGGAUUAUUGCUCAAUAUCGAGUAUUGAAUGGGUCAAUGGGUUUUGCUACUUUUAUAGCAAUUUUAUAUACCUACACAUUGUGGUACGUAGUGCGAUAAGAUUUUUAAGCUAGUAUGUUAUAAACAAAUUUUUUUAAAAAAAUGGUAGAAAUAAGUAAAAACAUAUUUUUUAGAUAGGAUACAAACAUAUUUAAAUAAUAAUAAUAACACGAAAACGCGAUCGAUGAUUAUAGUAAUAAAUUAACAUAUCCAUUGCGCCUAGUUCUUGCCAAUAAGUUGUUACCAAUAAUUUAUCUUAUUCCGUAUGCCCGAACGCCCGCAUGCAAUUUUUUUAUUUGCUUAUUUAACAUCCAAUUCAAGCGUAAACGAUUAUUAUUUAUGUUUUGAAUAUCCGUCCAAGUUUCUACCAUUCUUGAUUUCCUCGUUUGUGUACUUUUAAUUCAUAAUAAUCUAUUCAACCUAUUCUAUAAGACUGAGUUUUAUUUAUAAAUGUAUAUUAUUUUUUUUUUUUUGUAUGAGAUUUUUGUUUUGAUUUUUAUUCAGUCAUUUUUCUCAACCACUUUAGUUUUAACGCUGUGUAAAAAAAUGUUAUAUAUAUAUUUAUUAUUAUAUCUACUUAUAUAAUUUAUCCAAUUAAUGAAGCAACGCAAUAUGUUUUUUAUACCUACUAUAAAAAAUUUGUUUUAUAUAUUUAUACCAUUCCAAUAAAAUCUUAUUAUUCCAAUUUUAUACGCAGUGUGUUUUGA